AUGACAUCAAUUGGUACUGGCUAUGAUUUAUCCAAUAGUGUCUUCUCACCAGAUGGUAGAAACUUCCAAGUCGAAUACGCCAUGAAAGCAGUAGAGAAUGGAGGCACAUCGAUUGGUAUCAAAUGUAAGGAUGGUAUUGUUCUUGCAGUGGAGAAGAUUAUAAACUCAAAGUUGUUAGUACCAGGUAAAAAUAAGCGAAUCCAAACAGUUGACCGCCAUGUCGGUGUUGUUUAUUCCGGAUUGCUCCCCGAUGGUCGUCAUUUUGUCAAUAGAAGUCGAGAAGAAGCACAAUCUUUCAAGUCUAUAUUCAAGAUCCCUAUCCCUGUUCCCAACCUAAUGGACAGAAUGGGUAUAUAUGUGCAGAAUUAUACCUGCUACAACUCCGUGAGACCGUUUGGUGUUGUGUCAAUAGUUGGAGGUGUUGACGAUGAUGGUCCUCAUUUAUACAUGAUUGAGCCUAGUGGUUCAUGUUGGGGUUAUAGUGGAGCAGCAACAGGUAAAGGACGCCAAAUUGCCAAGUCUGAGUUGGAAAAAUUAAACUUUGAGGAGAUUACAUGUCAGGAGGCCAUUAAAGUCGCAGCAAAGAUUAUACACUUGGCACACGAGGACAACAAGGAUAAAGAUUACGAAUUAGAGAUUUCUUGGGUGAGCAAAGAACAUACAGGUGGAAAGCAUCAAUUUAUCCCGGAUGACUUGCUCGUGGAAGUCAGAAAGCAAGCAGAAGAGGAUGAUGAAGAGGAUGAUGAAGAAGAACAACAAGAAGAACAAGAAGGAGAGGUCCAUGCUGGUACUGGCGAUAAUGAUGAAGAAAUGGCUAGUUGA